AUUACAUUUAUAAUACAAUCAAAAGUCAAAUGACAUUUUUGAAAAUAAUCUUAGAAAAUCCUUUUAUCCAGCAAUUUAGAAACUGCCAACUCUUGUCAAUAUUAAAUAAGCCAUAACGCAAACUAUGUAUAAACGCAUUGCGCAUACGCACUGUUUGCCAGCUAUCAGUCCCAACAAAUUAAUGCGACAUGGCAGCAAUUAGUCCGACGCUGCUAAAUGAUUUAAAACUUGCCCCAAACUUUGUGCCCCCCGCCACUUAUUUGUCCGCAACAUUUUGCGCAAACUUUUAAUUAUUACACACUUGCGACUUGUUGUUCAAUUUGUUCGCGAUGCUGCCAGAUUAUAAACUUUUGUCGAGUUCAAUUAUGUACGUCGAAUCGCCGACAUUGUUUGCUCUAAUUCGCUUGGGAAACUUUUUGCUUUUUCGGACGGCCCAUUUUGAUGUGCAAUUAGUGCCCGAAAUGGCGUUAAUUUUUUAUAAAACAUAGACAUACUGUAUAACCCAGAGCUCCUGGCGACCAAAAUCAAACUAUUUAUCUAUCGCCAUGUUCGACGCAAAUAUCAGCAUCUGGCCGUUUUAUCACACGGAAACGGUCGAGGAGCGCCGAAAAUUCGUAAUAAAGGUUUACCUGGAGUUUCUUGGAUUCCUCGUGCUCGGAUUUGUGCAUUGGAUCCUAAUGCUAACGUUAUUGCAGGAUUGGAUUUCCGAUUUGGUAAGAGAACACACAUCCGCGUUGCUUUUGGCCUUUGUCGUGGGCAUGUUCCUGCUUUUAUUGUUUGCUCUUAGUAAGCCAUUGCGGAAAAUGACCUGUAUCAACUGGAUGGUUGCCUUGAUUAUUGUGGAAUGUGUGGUGGUUUCGCUAAGUGUACUCAUAAUUACAUCAGGAAUGUUGUAUAUGCUAGCUGGAUUUUUAAUUGUCGCCGUGGUGGUUGUGUUUACCACUUUGAUAUCAGCUUUAAUGACGUACGACCUCACAGGCACCGGAAUUUACCUAUAUAUGUUGGCUUAUGGCGCCUACAUGCUGAGCCUAUAUUCCCUGGUUCUAUAUACUGUUCUUGAUGUGUUUUGGGGAUUUUAUCUCUUCGCUGGCUUAAUCGCUUGCGUUGUGCUGAUAGUAAGAAUUUUCCGCUUUCCAUUUUCUGCAACUGUCUGGUGCAUAACCACAACACAUCACUUGCAGUUCCUGAUGUAUCAUGUGCAGUGCAUAACGGGCGGCAGGAGGGCCUCAACUGCCCUUUACGAUGACAAGUUGGCCGCCUUGCUGCUGUUCCACGAGUUCCUGGGUCUCUUUGUGCUGACCCUCUACUGGCGACCCAUAAUGGAGCGCCUGCAGUUGAAACAAUAA